AUGUCGUUAACAAACUGCCGUUUUUACGAGGAGAAGUAUCCAGAGAUCGACAGCUUCGUCAUGGUCAAUGUCAAGCAGAUCGCCGAGAUGGGUGCCUACGUUAAGCUUCUAGAGUACGAUGACAUUGACGGCAUGAUUCUGCUCUCUGAGCUUUCCAGAAGACGUAUCCGAUCCAUCCAGAAGCUCAUCCGAGUUGGCCGCAACGAGGUCGUCGUGGUACUCCGUGUGGACAAAGAGAAGGGUUACAUCGAUCUUUCCAAGCGACGAGUCUCCCCUGAGGAUAUCGUUAAGUGCGAGGAGCGAUACAACAAGAGCAAGAUGGUCCACUCAGUCAUGAUCCAUCUUGCCAAAGCCACCGAAAUCCCCCUCGAGACUCUAUACCAGGCCAUUGCUUGGCCCCUGAACAAGAAAUACGGCCAUGCUCUCGACGCUUUCAAGCUCUCCAUCACUAACCCUGAAGUCUGGAACGACAUCACCUUCCCCGACGAGGUUACCGCCCAGGAGCUUAAGACAUACAUCGGCAAGCGACUCACUCCCCAGCCCACCAAGGUCAGAGCCGAUGUUGAGGUCACCUGCUUCGGCUACGAGGGUAUCGAUGCUGUCAAGACUGCUCUGCGCACAGCUGAGGCCAAGAACACUGAGGAAACCCAGGUCAAGGUCAAGCUUGUGUCUCCCCCUCUUUACGUUCUCACCAGCACAUGCUUGGAUAAGUCUGUUGGUAUCACUCGUUUGCAAGAGGCUAUUGUCGAUAUUCGAGCCAGCAUUGAGGCUGCAGGCGGUCACUUGACAGUCAAGAUGGAGCCCAAGGCUGUUACCGAGAGUGAUGACGCUGAGCUCCAAGCCUUGAUGGAGAAGCGUGAGCGUGAGAACGCUGAGGUUAGCGGCGACGAGAGCAUGAGCGACAGUGACGAGAACAUUCCUGAAACCAUGUAG